GCAUAAUAAUAAUAAUUAUAACAAGCAAUUGCAAUUUAAAAAUAUUUUAAAACGAACCAAUUUGCAACUAAAUAAAACAAAACAUAAAACAACAACAACAACGAGCAUACAAAAAUUUCGUAAAUUGUGUGAAAUUAAAACAUAAAUUUUGUUAAAGAAAACAAACAGUUUUGAAAGAAAAAGUGUUGAAGAAAAAGACAUAAAGAAAAUAUUCCCUUAAAAUAGCAAAAGUGUUUGAAAAAAGGGCUUAAUUAAGCAGCCAGUGGCAACUUAAUAACUUGCAUUAUAUGUGGAUUAUUUAAACAGCGCACAACAACAAAAAAACUUGAAGUUUUUUUUUUAAACAACAACAACAAACAUAUUUAUAUUAAAGCAAGCAGCAGCAGCUGUUUUUUGUUUCAAACAGACAAGUGGACUUGACUGCCAGCAGCAGCAACUUUAUACUCUAAACGUUAUUAACUGCAAAACAACAACAACAACUACAACUACUUUAACUAUAUAAGUUUAUCAACUAUAAAAGACUUUUGAAUUUAGAACAAAAUCUAAAAAUGGCUCAAAAUAUUGCAGAACCAACCACAACAACAACAACUACAACUAAUACAAAAUCUUUAGAUUCAAUAUUUGAAUCGAUAAUUAUAGACAUUCCACAAGCUAUAACAUUCUCAUCGGCAUCAUCGUCGUCAUAUGAUACUGAUAGUAGUGUAAAUAGUACAACAUGUUGUACGAAACAUAAUAAUGAACACAUUUAUAUGCAAAAAGCACUAACACAUCAAAUGCAGCAGCAACAACACCACCACCAUCAUCAACAUCAUCAUCAUCAUCACAACAAAUCCUUGGAAUUAAACAGUGACAUGGAGUCAGUUUAUUUUAAAGCUGAUCAUCGUAAAUCAUGGCCCAUAUUCAUUUUAAUGAUUUCGCUAUUAGAAAUCGCUGUUUUUGUCUAUGAUAUUUUGACAGUACAAAAGUAUAAUUCAAAAUCUCAGGACUUACCUUUGGCCAUACCUACCGAUUCGGUGUUUAUCUAUAGACCCGAUCGUCGUUUAGAAGUUUGGCGUUUUAUCUCUUAUAUGUUUUUACAUGCCAACUGGUUCCAUUUGGGUUUCAAUGUAGUCAUACAAUUAUUCUAUGGCAUUCCAUUGGAGGUCAUGCAUGGUUCACUGCGUGUAGCCAUUAUAUAUUUUGCGGGUGUUUUUGCUGGUUCCUUGGGCACCAGUGUGGUGGAUUCGGAGGUGUAUUUGGUGGGCGCCAGUGGUGGUGUUUAUGCCUUGUUAGCAGCUCAUUUGGCCAAUAUAACUCUCAAUUAUGGUCAAAUGAAAUAUGCCAUUGCCCAGCUAGUAUCGGUGGUGAUAUUUGUAUUUUGCGAUCUGGGAUAUGCAUUUUAUACACAAUAUCUAGCCGUUGAUGUUACUCUUAAUGAAGCUCCUCCAGUUUCUUAUAUAGCUCAUUUAACUGGAGCUUUGGCUGGUCUCACCAUUGGCCUUUUGGUGCUUAAGAAUUUUGAGCAUCGGGCCUAUGAAAAUCUCAUUUGGUGGCUAGCCUUGGGCAUCUAUUGUGCCUUCACUGUCUUUGCCAUUGUGUUCAAUUUAAUCAAUACAGUGACGGCUCAACUAAUGGAAGAACAGGGUGAAGUUAUUACACAGCAUUUGCUGCGCGAUUUGGGCGUUUCAUAAAUGUUUCUAACUUGUUAACGCCAAUUACAAAAAACAACAACAAACUAACAAUAAAAAUGUCUUUCCUUUUAAAAUAAGACAUUUUUGUUUUGUAUAUUUUAUUUAAAAUAAUUUUUUUACGCUAUUUUUAUAUAAUUAAAUUUUUUGUUAAUUUUUUUUUUUUAUUUUGCCUUUUUUACAAAAAAAUGCAAAUAAACUCAUUAAAACUAAAUCAAAGAGGAAAACCAACCAACAAACAAACAAACAUUUAAAACAAAAAAUGAAACAAAAAAACCCCAAAUUGUGUAAAAACAAAUGUUGUGAUAAUACCAAAGACUGAAUUUACUUCAUUAAAUAAUAUAAAUCAUAAAAAAAUAAAAUUAAAAUUUUAUUACUAAUAUUAUUAUUAUAUAAAAAAUCAAACACUAAAAAACAAAACCCACAAAAACUAUUAAUUUAUUUUAAUUUAUAUUUAUGUAUAAAGAAAAAAAACUCUAAAAUUAUUGUAUUUUUUGUUAAUUAUUUAUUAUUAUUAUUUAUUUUACAACUCUUAAACCUUGCAUUAAAAACAACCAUUAAACAAACAAAAAAAAAAAACACAAAUUUCUUAAAGAAAGAAAAUCAAAACGAAGAUUUUGAAAUUUGAAAACAAAAAAACAAAAAGAAAAACUCAAAAUAAUUGCACACUAGUCAAACCUACCCCCUUUUAUUUUUGUUUUUGUAAAAACUUGUUAAAUUUAUUAAAUUAUUACAAAUAAUCUCAAAUAAAUUUCUUAAAAAUAAGAAAAUUAUUUAAGAAAAAAAAAUC